AUGAGCGGGCUAUUGAGGAAGAGCGGCAUGGUUGAUUCUUUCGUGGACUCCAUGGUGGUGUUCGUCGACAGACGCAUUGGUGCGCUCGUCUCAGUAAUGUCUCCCAAGGAUGCCGCUUACGCGUUUGCGCGUAGGCUUCGACAGCACGUCCAGGCACAUGAUGCCACCACCUUGGCACUAGGGAUUAGAGCUGGCCGAACGAGGAAGAGCUCCGAGAAUAUCAAGAGCCAAUGGGACGAAAACGUUGCGGAGAGCGUAGGGGAGGGUCCGGCAGCGACGGGAGACGGCGAAGAGACGGAGGAACACGACGUGCAGGCCGUACAUCUGUGGCGACAGUGGACAUGCUCUGGUGGCUUCUGGCCACCGCAAAUGCCCGAUCCGAACGAUCCUGUUUUCGACGGACUCGAUGGGACCGAGGAGUUUCUGUCUAAGCUGGACGAAGGCACCCACUUAUUUCUCAAAGAAAUUUCUCGAGAUAUUCUCGAAACUGCGCUACCUGAAGACGCGGAAGAGCUUCGAGCAGCGAGUGGCGGUACGAGAGGGGCGGGUGCUGACUCUUCUCGAUCUUUCAUGGAGACCGCUAACCGCUUGGCCCAGCUGAAGAGUGGGGUUUUGGAGCCCAUGUUGUGCCAAAUGCUGACACAACAAGUCGUCAGUCGGUUCUGUCAAUCUGCCAAGCUGUGGCAGUUCAUUCUGCAGCUGGUUCGCCCAAGCGCGAAUCUCAGCUCUGCCGGACGUGACAUGGAACACCCUGAAGCGUUCUCAUUGUUGGCGGGGGCGUUGGAGAGGUCCGGCAGCACACCGACGGGCACGUUGAGGAUGGAGCUCAUGCAAGGUCUCGUCAAGAUGGCCUGGGGUAGCAGCAGAAGCGCAGAGGAUUCCAGCUCUAGAGGCAUACCCAACCCGCCCGGAGCUACUGGGACGCCACCGGGGAGCGGCAAGCCUGGAGGAUCUAAGAAGAUUUACCCGGACAAGCGAAAGAUCACGAAAGCUGGCAGCUCGAAGACGCUAGAAAGAAGCGAAAGUGCCGAUAGCGCUCGAUGGUCUGAGGUGGACAUCGGGAGUGAGAGCGGGGAUGGGAAUGCCGGGAAUACCUCUCUAUUGAGUGCACCAGCAGCGGCUGCUACGCGUGGAAAGGCUGGAGGUGCACGGGACAUAUUUAGCAUCCCUAACACAGAAGAGUUAUCGGAAGGGCUUGUAGGUGGGGAGAAGGACAAGUUCUACCAGGGCCUAGAGGAUCAAGCGCUGGAGGAACUCGCCAAGUUUUUGAACUCCGAGAUAGUGGAUAAAAUCCCUCUUGCGAAGGUUUUCCUGCCGGAAAGCUGGGUAUCCGAUCGUGUUACUGCCGCCCGGGCUUUUGCGAAGCGGCCAACCAACCUCAUGCUGGUUCUAUCGAUCGUCGAUGCCGCGAAGAGUGUUUUCGGCACUGCUGGGGUCAGAUACAAAAGGAAGUCCUUCGGCGCCUCCACCAGCCACCCGACCAACACUCCUGUUCCCAUCGUGAAACGGGCCGUUGCUGUCGUAUCUGGCAACGAUCCAAGCGAACCAAGCAAGGGCAGCAGAACAGCGAGUAUACCCGAGGCUCGUGGGCAAGAGACGCAGGCAGGACGAGGCACCGGCUUGAACGAAGUUAGGGCACCAUCGCACGGUGCAGAAUCGCAAUUGCGGAGGCAACGAAGACGCGGUCGAAGAGACACCCCCGGAUGGCGAGCUUGGGAGGCACGGAGGGAACGCUUCUUCGGGAUGGAUCUAGGAGUGGUAGCUAUGCACGUCGGCCGGUGCCUCCUCGGACAAGGGGCCGUUGAACUCGGCGACGCAAUCCUGAAGACCGCCAGUCUAGAGUACUGUUCGGUGAAGGCCGUGGUGCGAGAUGAGGCUUCCAUCACCUUGCGAAAGUGUUCGGAAGUGGCCGUGUCGGACAUGCUCCGAAGGAUCAAGCCCCUGUCGACACCACCCAUCCUCUACGUUUCCUGUCAGAUGAGGAUGUUAAGGGCUUUGAAGAAGACUGGUCUUGAUUUCUCCAAGUCGUUGGGCGACGGCCCUCAGAAGAAGGCUCUCUCGCGUCGCUUCAAAAGCUACUCGUGGAUAUUCACGGACGGGCUCAUCGAGAAGCUUGUCGCCUUGAAGGCCGAAGACUUGGCAAGGUGUCGCGCCAUGGAAAGUGAAUCAAUCGCCACGACGCCUCAUUUAUCGGAGCAUAAGGCAACAGUACAGCGGGAAGGCUCGGUUAAGGAACGAAAUCCCCGCAAAGGCGGGGGCCGCACCGACAGAGAACACGAGGUGAGGGAACUGAAGCGAGAAAGGAAGGCACACAAGGGUGACGUCAUGCGAGAAAUGACGGCAGGGUGUGACUCGAGCAAAGACCUCCUCGUCAAAGUCAUUUCGUGGCUGCCGGACGUUCUGGCUGCGGAUAGAGGGAAGGAGGGAAGUGUCGAAGAACAGGCGACAUGAUUUCAUCCCUAUGAAGAUGGUGGCGCCAGCAUUCACGACUAGUGCCGAGUUAGUUUCGAUUUUCAACAACCAUGGCACCGACACGCCACGUACAACGCCUCACUUUUUUUAGGUAGGCUGUGCACUUCAGUGUCGUGCCAUUGAAAUUGGUGAUACAAGGGGGCACCUGCGCAGUAUUCGAUUGGAAAGUUGGAUUUGGAAAUCGACGUGCAUGUAGACGCCACUGUUUUGUAAUUGAAACGAUGCAAGGGGUCUUAAUGUUUGUAUCCUCUGCGUGCGGGGGAUAUUGGUUUCUUGUAUCUAAAUGCCAUCCCCGGGGAUGGGAUCACGAUAGGAAGGGGAUCUUCCGAGUUUUCUUGUCGGUCCAGGUUGUUUGAACCUGUCCCCCAUUUUGGCUAGAGUUCUGUGGUGAGGGAACCGCUCUCUUUUCGGUGCCGGAAAUCGCGCAACUGGUGAUUCGAUUCCAAGCAGGGUUGCCACAACGUGUCGUGCAGGGUUCUGAGUUUGGGUUUUGCGACGGUGUCAUGUGAGACUUCCAACGAAUAACACCAACAGCACAUAAGUGCCGGAGAGACGAUGUAAUAGUCACGCACACAAACGAUAUUGUGCGCAACACUAAAACGCCAGUGUGCAUAUGGGGGCUAAAUACGGUGGGUAUUAAAUGACCGGGGUUGUUAUCACGACUGGCGGGGUUUGUGUUGUUGAGGUGUAUACCCUUGUUCCAACGCAGGCAGCACUGCAUACAUGUACAUGUUGGAGUUUGCGAGGAUUAUGUAAAAAAAGAGCUGAGACG